AUGAAUAAAAUCAAAUUUCUGGUGUCUUCAUCGUAAUUUCAGAGUUAAACUUGUAAAUAAUGGCAGCGUUUGAGCAAGUCAGCAGACUUACGUUCCAACCACACCAGACGGACAAUACCAUUGACAUCAGGAGGACGAGGCUGCCGUCACUGAGGCCUGAGGAUAGUGACUACAACCCCAAAGACCAUAGAUCACCCACACAUAAUAUUAAGCUGUGGAUGGCUUAUUUCAACCUGUUGCGAUCGAUGUGUACUGCCGGUAUGCUGGGCAUGCCGCUCGUGAUCAGCCAGGCUGGCAUCAUCGUGGGACCGAUCCUCACAGUACUCACCGGACUUCUCAUCAACUACGUACAUCAUUUACUGUUAGAAUGCCUGAACGAGAUAGCGAGGCAGUUACAGAUACCGUACAUAUCGUAUCGAUACGGCUUCCGACUGGCUGUCCUCCAUGGACCUCCUGCGUUCCACUUCAUAGGGAAACACGGUCCGACAAUAAUAGCCGUAUUUAUGAUUGCAAGUCAACUUGGCAUCUGUUCAGUAUUCGUUAUCUUCACCUGCGAUUGCUUGAGAGAUAUAAUGGAUUGGCAGAGUAGUCAGCCGUCCCUCAUGUGCCUCGUGUUCCCGUAUUUUGUGUUAGAGUUCUUCAUGAAGGACUUGUCUAUUAUCAGUUACGUAGCCAUGUUUGGUAAUUUCCUGAAUUUGAUGGGAAUUAUAUUCGUGUUUGAGCACAUAGUGACCAAUUAUGACGGGGAAGAGGUGCAGACUGAUACUGACACAGGAUCUGUAUUGUUCUGUUUCGGUACAUUGUUAUUCAAUUUGAGCGCAAUUGGAGUGACCCUGUCUAUAGACAAAAGUCUGAAGCAAGCGAAAAGAAUGACGAGCAGAUUCGGCGUACUGAACGUCGGUAUUCUUGGGCCGACCAUCAUUUCGGUGAUAUUCGGCACCAUGGGAUACAUGACCUUUGGUACCAUGGAGGAGAAUAUACUAAGGUCCCUUCCUUACGACGAAACAACUUCGAUGGCUGCUAUUGGCUUGUACUUGGUUGCUGUGGGUUUCGCGUACCCCCUGCAAUGCUACCCCGCCAUCGCGACCAUAAUCGAGGUCAUAAAGUACCACGACCAGUUGACCACUCCGACAGACAUGACGCUGCGCAUGAUUGAAACUGUCGCCAGACCAUUGUUCGUUGUUAUGUCUUUCAUCAUUUGUUACAUAGUGCCGUUUCAAGCGCCGUUCGUGGCAUUUGUGGGGAAUUUGUGCACAUCUGUACUGGCGCUCAUAUGCCCCGCUCUAAUGGACAUGUGCAUCAGGUAUCCUUACUACUACGGCCGGAAUAACUUCCAUCUCUACAAAGAUCUGUUUAUAAUAAUCCUUGGUUUAACCUCCAUGAUCUUUGGCGUAAUUUUCUCCGUAUAUCUAAUACGUAUCCGGCUACUCUCAAAAUAUUCACCGAAUAACUACGGGUUUUACUAAUGUGUUUGUAGUGUUGCUGCUUUAUACUCCGUAUUGGGUA